GAGAGCAACCGCAGGAGCGACGGAUGCUUCACCAGGUGUCAACUAGCAGCCGGCCCCACUAUCCCAACUAUUUGACAAGUUCUGUUUCGCAAACACGGGGCUCCUCUAUUGCCCGGCUUUUUCUCGUCCUGUUGCCUUCGUCCUCCUCUCUCCACCCCUCCCCCUUCCCUCCCCCCUGCGCCCACACCAUUCUUGGCCGUUUCAAGGUUACAAAGUUACGGCGCCUUCUCCGCUCCCCUUCGUUUUGAGACACGCGAUGCAAACGACAACAUGAUAUGCUAUUCGUUGUUCCUGUGGUUGAGAAAGCAGCCAUGAAUUGAUUGCAUCUCCUUGGGUUCGUUCCAAGGUAAAGAGGAAGCAGGCGCCCAUGGCCACACGGCCGUCGCUGCGGUCGAGCGACGGCACGCGCCCAAGAAGCAAGAGCGGGACCGGCAGGCCGCCGUCGAGCCCGCGCAGCUCCGACCCGUCGCGCGCGUCCACAGGCCGCUCGUCCGCGGCGGCGGCGGCCCCGGCGUCCGACAAGCCGGUGCCGUCGUUCCUCCGCCCCACCGUGAGCUCGUCGCUGCACAGCUCCUCCUCCUCCUCCUCGUUGGCGUCGCCCUCCCCCUCCUCCUCCUCCUCCAGCAGUACCAAGGGCACAGCCGCCACCGCGAGGCAGUCCGCGGACAAGGCCCCGGCGGCGCAGGCGCUGGGCGGGCUGCGCCCCAUCACGCCCAAGGACAAGGCCAAGGCGCCCGCGGCGGCGGCGUUAGCGUCGGCGGCGUCCUCCACGACGCGAUGGUCCGCGGUGUCGCCGAGGCAGCUGAUGCAGAAGGCGUCCAAUGCCCUCAAAGCCACCAGCAAGUCCCGCGGCAAGAAGGGCAAGGAGGCGGCGAGCUCCUCCGCCUCCGCGUCCGGCAAGGGGGCCGCCGCCGGUGCCUCCGCCAGGGCCAAAGGCGGCGAGACGGCGAGAUCCCAGACCCAGCAUCCUGAGACGCCUGGCGACCCGUCGCCUGCAGUGACCCCCGUGGACGCAGAGGAGCCUGUUCUGUUGUUGGAUACCGAAGCUGCUGCCGAGCAAAACGAAGGGCACGUCGCGACGUCGCGGGAGGCUGCCAGCACCGACAUCACCACCGUGGAGGAGAGGUAUCAAGAGGAGCAUGCCGGCGCAGAGGAGGCUAAGGGAGCAGCGGAUACUAGCGAGGAGGCCGUGGAGGUGGAGAAGAUCAUAGUGGAGGAGCCUGGAGCAGUGAAGGUGGCGCCGCCGGAGCAAGAAGAGAAGCCGCGAAGUAGUGCGGUUGCGGAGACAGAGAUGGAGGACACGAAGAGGGCCGAGGAUGCGUCGCCGGCCGUCGCCGUAGAAGAAGCCGCGCUGAAGGAGGCAGCGACACCGGAGGAGCCGGCGACCAGCGCGGUGGAAGAGAAGGUCGUCGAAGAGACAAAAGCCGAGGAGAGGCAACAAGAACAGACAAACGAAGGAAGCAGCAGCGUGAUCUCUGAAGAACAAAUAGAGGAAGGAAGCGGCGUAAUCUCUGAAGAACCCAACGAGGAAACCAGCUUGAUCUCUGAAGAACAAAAGGAAGCAGAUCCUGCGCCGAUCCAGAAGCAGGAGGAUGUGGCCGAGGACCCUGAAGUGGCUGCUGGGUCGAGCGCGUCAGCUCCGGCAACGCCACUGAAAGAAGUAGCUGAGGAGGAGGACGACGAGGAGGCAGUGUCCAAACAGGUGAGCGCUUCGGAGCCCGUAACGCCGGUUGCAGAAGCCAUCGGCAAGGGCAAGGCGGUGGUGGAGACGCAGCAGAGCGCAUCGGCGCCAGCGACGCCGGUGAACGCCGCCAAGAAGAACGGCCCAUCGAAGCUGCCGGCAACGAUCCCCGAGGAGUCGUCGUCGGCGCUGACGUUCAAGGGGCGCAAGGUGAAGACGGCCAUGGAGAAGCGGUCGGACGAGGAGCAGCCCAAGAAGAAGGAGGUGGCGCGGAGCAACGACGUGCUGGAGGAGGCCAAGAGCAAGCUGAUGGAGAAGAGGAAGAGCAAGGUGAAGGCGCUGGUGGGGGCGUUCGAGGUCGUCAUGGACAGCCCCCGGGCAAGUUGAGUGUUGAGCUCAUCAAAAUUUGGAGGGAAAGGUUGAAUGGUGAUGCCAGAUGCGUGGUUUGAAUUUUGUGGUGCUUGAAUCUCUUGCUGGGGUGUUACGAUAGUUUGCUUUCUUGUUUGUUGAUCAUUGCUUCUUGUGAUAACUGAAACAAAUGGCGAUGUGUUAUUGAUGGUUUUGUAUAUUUCUUGAUGAACCUGUUAUUUAUGAGAAAAAAUAGCAGUUUGUAUGAGUUUUGUUUGAUGUAAUGUAAGGUAAGAUUUCUUUCAAUUUA